AUGUUCUGCCUGCCGGCAUUGCCGUCAUGUUUCGACGACAUGCCCCAGCGGCGCAAGAAGCGCAGCAGGAAGGGCUCGAAGAACGAGGCAGUGGCCCAGGCAGUCCCGGCGAACGAGGGUGUGCUGUCACCCCCACGUGCUGAGCCGAUGCUCGCGCAGCCGGAGCUUGUGUACUUCUACCAUUACCCGGGGUGGAGGACCCCUGUUUACUACGGCCCGCCAGCGAGUGCAUGGGCCAUACCAACCUCCUCGUUGACGCCAGUGCUCCCGGCGGCAGUGCCGGUUCAAAACGUGUUCGCAGCACCCGUGAGAUCUCCGCCGCUCAACGUAAGCUGCGACAAGUGCGACGGAGCACAUGCAACCGAGCACUGCCCUCACUUCCGCAAGCCCAGAGAGAAGCACCCGGAUGCCUGGCGUUUCAAGGGCAAAAGCCACCUCGUGGCCUCCCACAAGCCAGAGGCGGCCAAGGUGGUGAGCCGGGCACGUGUGGUGCGACAUCCCGGGGACGGCUCCUGUCUCUACCACUCGGUGUCCUACGGGCUCGGUGACGGCAGCACGGCAAGCUCGCUUCGCAGGCAUGUGGCUGACAUCAUUUGCGCCUAUCCGAACAUGCCCAUCCUCAACACCACAUUGUCGGAGUGGAUCCGGAUGGAUGCAGACGUCGGCGUCCGCGCUUACGUCCAGGAUCUCCUUGCGGGAGCAUGGGGCGGUGGCAUCGAGUUGGCCGUCAUCGCCCAGACAAAGAAGGUCUGCAUCGAAGUUUAUGAGCCCGGCAAGGGCGGCUUCUCGCGCAUCGCUCGCUUCGGGUCAGCGGGCCGCGUGGUCCCGCUCUCUACCAGGGGCGGCAGCACUAUGACGCCCUAG